AGUAUCUCGCCGUAUCGGGCGUCCUCAACUCAGGUAACUGCCAAGUAAGGGAAAUGUCACGAUGCUGAAUAUUUUGGAACGAGGAUCGGUCAAGCUGACCUGGGGUAUAUUGUUAUAAUAUAUAAUGAGAUAGAAAUGCGUUGGAAGUCUCUCGAUUAAGGCGUCGACGAAAGCAAGUCUAUCAUUCAUCAGUCUAAGUUGCAAAUUGCUUGUGAAUACCGCCAACAUAUAGAAGCAUCUAUCUCGGUCCAAACCUGAUAUAUUUAAUGAGAGUUAGAACUAUCCCAAGAUAGUUAUAAUGAUUACUUUUUAUAGCCUGGGAACAGCUUUCUUCCUUCUCACCUCUACAACUUGGGCACUCCCAUACCCAUUCGAAACCGCCGUCACGGUGACAGUUAUUGACCCCCCGGAGGCACCCCCCGGAGGAUACGGAUACGGAUCCCCCCCGGUCAGCACUCCCACCACGACCGGGAUCACGAGUUCGACGACGAGUGCAACGGCGCCACCGACUACGAUAUUUCCAUCACCACCCUCUGAAUCGUCGUCUCAUGUUGGUUUUACGGGACACUGCGAUUACAGCUACUGUAAUUCCGGCAGCAAUGUUUGCUUUUAUUGGGCCGGGUACACGUCGUGGGAUGUAUCGCGAGGCCCGAUACCUGGCGAAGUUCCUACCAUCCUUGGGCCUUGCUAAGUUGGACGAGGGGGGUGGAUUCAGCUAUAUCUCUUGCAAAGGCUGAGGUGGUAUUGCAGGAAGUGGGUGACUUUUAUUAGACUUGGUUAGGAAUAGGUACAGGGGCGAGUAUCCUGUGUAUCUUAGGUACCUACCUACACCUAAG